AUGUGGAGCGUGUCCGCUCAUCUGGCCAUGUGUAUCAGAGUGCAGGGGAUGAGCGGGUCCAGCUAUCCGCUCCUCUGUGCCGCAUCACAAAGGGCAAUGUGCAUGUCUGCUGCGGGUACAGUGGUGGGAGGAAAGGUGGAAGGGAGAAAAGGAGCAGCCAAGGAGAGCACGGGAGUCAAAAAGAGGGGUGUGAAUGAAAGGGUGCGCAGUUUUGAGGAGAUCCCACACACAGGGAGGAGCGGCUGGGCCAACUUGGUGAAGUUCUGGAGAGAAGAUCGGUUCCGGACGCUCCAUAAGCACAUGGAGAGGACCUUCAACACCCUCGGCCCCAUCUAUAGGGAGCGCCUGGGCACCCAAAGUAGUGUGAACAUCAUGUUGCCGAUUGACAUCAGUGAACUUUUCCGCUCAGAGGGCCUACACCCCCAACGCAUGACCCUGGAGCCAUGGGCCACACACCGAGAGACACGGCAGCACAGCAAGGGAGUCUUCCUCAAGAAUGGUGUGGAGUGGCGGACUGACCGGCUUCUGCUCAACAAGGAGGUGAUGAUGAGCUCGUCUGUGAGGCGCUUCCUCCCCCUCCUCGACGAGGUCGCAAGGGAUUUUUCUCGCAUGCUGCAGGCGAGAGUGGAGAAGAAGGGACAAGGGAAGGAAGGGAGGCUCAGUCUGACCAUAGAUCCCAGUCCCGACCUCUUCCGCUUUGCACUGGAAGCCAGCUGCCACGUGCUCUACGGGGAGCGUAUCGGCCUCUUCUCCUCGUCUCCCUCCCAGGAGUCCCAGAAGUUCAUCUGGGCCGUGGAGAAAAUGCUGGCCACCACGCCUCCUCUCCUCUAUCUGCCCCCUCGCCUACUGCACCGCAUUGGCUCUCCCCUGUGGAUCCAGCAUGCCACUGCAUGGGACCAUAUCUUCAGCCAUGCCGAGGCGAGGAUCCAGAGAGGGUACCAGCGGAUCUCAUCCUCCCAGGGUGGAAGGUCUAAAGCUGGGGCAGAGGGAGGCCAGUACACUGGGGUUCUGGGCCAGCUGAUGGAGAGAGGGCAGCUAUCUUUAGAUCUCAUCAAAGCUAACAUCACUGAGCUGAUGGCAGGAGGGGUCGACACGACAGCGGUGCCCCUGCAGUUUGCUUUGUUCGAGUUGGGUCGUAACCCCGAGGUGCAGGAGCGCGUCAGGCAGCAGGUGAGGGCGUCAUGGGCCCAGGCUGGAGGCGACCCUCAGAAAGCCCUGCAGGGGGCGCCACUUCUGAAGGGCACGAUCAAGGAAACCCUCAGGUUAUAUCCGGUGGGAAUCACAGUGCAGCGGUAUCCAGUCAGAGACAUUGUUCUCCAGAACUACCAUGUACCUGCUGGGACGAUGGUCCAGGCAUGCCUGUACCCCCUGGGGAGGAGUGAGGAGGUUUUUAAGGAUCCAAAGCGCUUUGAGCCCGGCCGGUGGGAUGUUAGCAGAGAGGAGAGUGAAAGAGGAGGAAGAGAAGGAGGAGGAGGAGGAGGUGGAGGUGGAGCAGAGGGAGCAGGAUUCCGCUCCCUGGCCUUCGGGUUCGGGGCGAGGCAGUGCGUUGGCAGGAGGAUUGCUGAGAACGAGAUGCAGCUCCUCCUAAUGCAUAUCCUGCUGAAUUUCCGUCUCAGCCUGCCGUCUGCACAGGAUAUCAGCACCAAAUACACCCUCAUCCUGCAGCCUGAGACUCCACCACGCAUCACCUUCAGCAAGCUCUAAC